CGACUCUGCUCAUUUUUGACAACUGGCACCGCAGAACGACCAUCUUCCUCCGUCGGUACGGAAUAAAGUGCGUGCGAAAAAUUAUAUUUGGCACGAAAAAGUUUGAUUGUUUUACGAUUAAAUUGCCUUAAAAUGCUUUCUAGAGCAGCACUUUUGGCCGCCGCCAAGAAACCCAUGGGAUUGGCCCUGGUACGUGGAUCUGCCUCCGCCGCCGACAGCAAUCGCCCCGUGCGCGCUGAAUACCCUGGUAAGGUACGCUUGGGCUUCCUGCCUGAGGAAUGGUUUACCUUCUUCUACAACAAGACCGGUGUCACCGGACCGUACGUUUUUGGGGCCGGAUUGUUGACCUAUCUGUGCUCCAAGGAAAUCUACAUCAUGGAACACGAGUACUACAACGGCCUAUCGUUGGCCAUCAUGGUUAUUUACGCCGUCAAGAAGUUUGGUCCCACGGUGGCUGCCUAUUGCGAUAAGGAAAUCGAUAGAAUCGAAGAUGAAUGGAACGCCAGUCGCAACGAAAAUAUUCAAACACUGCAACAAGCCAUGGAAGACGAAAAGAAAGAGCAGUGGCGCGCCGAGGGUCAAACGUUACUGAUGCAGGCUAAGAAGGAAAACGUUGCGCUUCAGCUGGAGGCUGCCUACCGUGAACGCGCAAUGACUGUUUAUCGUGAAGUCAAGAAGCGUCUCGAUUACCAAGUUGAACGCCAAAAUGUGGAUCGUCGCAUCUCUCAGAAGCACAUGGUUGAUUGGAUCGUUCAAAACGUUGUGAAGUCGAUCACCCCGGAACAGGAGAAAGAAACCUUGAGCCGGUGCAUCGCCGAUUUGGGAGCUAUUGCAUCCCGCGCCAAGUAAAUGGAAUGUUAACCAUGAGCCAUUAUUCGAAUUGUAGAACGAAGGCAGUACAUAAUCGUUUUAGAAUUCUUGGCGGAUAACAAUGAGGUAACUAAUAAACUGAAUACAUUUGUCGAGUUAGUGCAAA